AUGUUCCAAUCACGUCCCAUUAAAACUUCGCGUGCCGCCUUGGAAUCUAAACAAUAUACCACCGAAGGUUCCGAUAUACCUCUCAAGAAAAAUUGGUCAGAUACCUGGUGUACAUUGACCCAUGGUUUCGAUAAAGUUCUCCCAAAGUUGUUGGAAAUGGAUGUGCGUGAUGAUGAUGUCUUCAUUGUGACAUUUAUUAAAUCUGGCACGACGUGGAUGCAGGAAACCGUCUGGUUGCUAAUGUAUAAUUUGGAUUUUGAGAAGAGCAAAGCGUUGCAUUUGUGGCAGCGUAGUCCAUUUUUGGACCACCAAGGUCUGAAUCCUUUGGCUCCGGAUAGCGUGGAGGAAGCUAAACACCUUACCAGUCCCAGAGUUUUAAAAACUCACAUGCCAGCCAAUUUAUUGCCCCUGGAUAUAUGGAAGAAAAAGACUAAGAUCAUCUACGUUGCCCGCAACUGCAAGGAUGUCAUUGUCUCCUCCUAUCACUUCCUGAAAAAUCUCGGUUCCUGGGUAGGGGAUAAUGUCGAUGACUUUGCCAAUGAUUUUAUGAACAAUGAGACUAUGUAUACCUGCUUCUGGACCCACAUUGUCGAUUUUUGGAAAAUGCGUAAUGAACCGAAUAUUUUCUUUACCACCUAUGAGGAGAUGAAAAAGGAUUUGGGUAAGGUAAUACAACAAUUGUGUGACUUCUUGGGUAGACCACAAUUGACGGCAGAGGAAUUGGAGAAUACGCUGAAUCACUUGUCGUUUGAAAAUAUGAAGGGUAAUGAUCAAACCAAUUUGACGGGGAUUUUGAGGGAACAGGUGCCCACAAUUAAAGAGGAUUUCCAAUUUAUGCGCCGCGGCAUUGUGGGCUCCUUCAAGGAUGAAUUGUCUCCUGAGCUGCAAAAGAAAAUCGAUGAUUGGUCUCGUGCCUAUUUGGCCCAGCAUGGCUUGACUGAAGAAGAUAUUUUUGGAAAGCUAUAA